UGUGACGCACCUUCAUAUCGCGGCACGGGAAAUCGGACCGGCUACUGCAUCCUCCGCGAUAAUUAUCCGAUAAUGAUCAAUUAUCUCACCAUUUUCGUGUGAAAGCUCGAGCAAGUCCAGAAGUUGGACCCAUACACAAGGCAGUCCGGGAAAUGGAUAGAAGCUCGCUGCUCAGUUCAUUAUCUUCACUGUCAUCCUCUGCAAGUCAUAUUAACUUUAAGCCUCAGUUCAAUCUCAGCUUCCAACCCCGCUCUUUUUAUUAUUCUUCAUCGUCAGCAUUCACCCGGCAAUUCCUGCAUAAUCCCAACAGAUCUUCGCGCAAGAGCAGCACAUCAACCGUCUCCCCUCGACCUGCUCUCCGCAGUUCGGCGUUUGCGCUCGAAGAAGCUCUUGGCAAAACCAAUGAUUCUUCAUCUAAAAUAUAUGCUCGAGAAAUGCUGCCGAAGAUCGAUAAAAGUGGGAGGUUUUGCAGUCCUAGAGCCGCCAGAGAACUUGCUCUGUCCAUAAUUUACGCCGCCUGUCUAGAAGGGUCGGACGCAGUUCGGCUGUUUGAGAAGCGUAUGAACGCGCGUCGAGAACUCGGGUAUGACUUUGACAAGGAGAAGCUACUAGAAUACAAUCAUAUGAGUUUUGGAGGGCCACCUGUUACAGUCGAAUCAAUUGAAGAAGCUAAUGAACUUCUGCAGAAAAAUGAAAAGGAGUCUGCCAUUGAAGCAGAAGUCCUUGCAGCUCCUCCAAAGCUAGUAUAUAGUAAACUUAUUUUGAGGUUUGCGAGGAAAUUGUUGGUUGCUGUUAUGGAUAGAUGGGAUAGCCAUGUCCUUGCCAUUAACAAAGUCAUUCCAGAAAAUUGGAAGAACGAGCCAUCAGGUAGGAUAUUGGAGCUUUCUAUUCUUCACUUGGCAGUUUCUGAAAUUGCGGUGCUUGGAACAAGGCACCAAAUCGUCAUUAAUGAGGCGGUGGAUCUCGCUAAACGGUUUUGUGAUGGAGCAGCCCCUCGUAUCAUUAAUGGAUGUCUGCGGACAUUUGUAAAGGAUCUGGAGCAAACACAAUUAGCUGAGACAUCUCACAGCAGAAGUGAUUCGUUCAAUUAGAUGUAUUUAUUGCCCUUGGAUACCGUCAUGAAGAGGAUUUCAGAAUAGCAGUGAAAGUAAUUUUUUUUGUUUUUUGUUUUUAACAGAACCACGGUGAAUGUAAUCUGUACAAGACAAGAAUCUUAUUGGAGUAUAAAAAUUACUAUUUUUUCUUACCAUGAAAA